AUGCCGCUCAUUCGAAAUGUCAAACCUGACCAGUAUGAUUUGCAGCCUAACGCUUUAGCAACUACAGGAAUUUGUACUUGCAUUGGGGUGGUAAUUCAUUUGGAAAACGGAAUCUUUAUUUGUCAUAUGGAUCCAAGUGAUUUUGGCCUUGCUGAUACGUUAACUCUAAUGGAUGCACACCUUUUUUUCUUCAAAGUGUUCACAACACUAAUGGAAAAACAGUCUGAUGCUGUAAUAAAGAGCGUUUACGUACUCGGCGGUCAGUCUUCCAAUAAUUAUUUCCGAUUCAAAGAUCAGAUCAAUGAUAUGCAAAAUUAUUUUCGGUCAUCAGUGGUGAAUCAGGUGCAAAAAGAUAAUGAUGGGAACAAUGUAGAUGAAGAUGUCAGUGAUCAUCCAGAUCAUUUUAUUAGUGACAUUACUAUACUGUUCGAUCAAAGUUGCAAUCCGCCAACAUUUGUGGUUUGUCAAUAUGCCGGCACUGAAGAAGAUAUGGAUUGUGAUAGAAACCAAUCUAACUUUUUUGCCAUUUAUAACAUUGACAUAUCGAGCAACACAAUGACCGUAUACAUACGACGAUCAAACAUUUGGAAUUCCCCUUUCCGGACAGAACUGGUUGAAAAAGUUAUCAUGAAUGCUGGGGAUGAUUCUUUCGUCUAUCUAUCCGAUUACAAAACAGAUCUCGAAGUAAAAAUUCAAACACUUUUGACUCAAAUCGAAAAAUCAUCAAUCUUAGACAACGAUGAUAACGAUGAAUAA